AUUAUAAUUCAAUAAUAUAGAUGAUAAUCUAUUGCGACAUCACUGCUCAAAAAUAAUUACAACUAAUUUUAAUUAAGAUGUCCAUUCGAAUAUUAUAUAUUUAAUAUUGCAAAUUAACAAUCCAUUUUGUUAAUAACAGAGAUACCUAUCCUUUAAAUCAUUCUAAUAUUAUUUCGUCGAGCACACAUUUUAUUCCCCUCCCUCCCCCUAUCGAAUAUUUAUAAAUAUAAUUAAAUUUCACACUCGCAUACCAUAAGGACCCAGAAGUAGUCUGGACGAAUUGAAAGCUCUACGUGAACUCAAGCAAUUGAAAGAAUUAAAGGAGCAAUUAGGGGUUGUCACUGCCGCUACAAGGGGGCCUUUAGAAAGUACAACGAAAAUUGUGCCAGGAGCUGUUACAUUCCAAAAUACAGAAGCCAUGACAAAAAUGUCUAGUGUUAGUCCAGUUGGAACUCUGGCUUACAUCAUAGACGAACAAGCUUUAUUAGUCAGAGUUAAUAACGGAUGGCAAUACAUAGCACUCGGAUCACUUUUGCCUAUCACAACGCCAGCACCGCCAACCACGGCACCGCCACCAGCAAAUCCUCCCUUCGAAGCGUCGAACUUGAUUAACCAGAUACCCGUGAAAGCUGACGGAACAGGGUGGUAUCCGCGAAUGGUGAGAUUGUACCAUAUUUAAUUGAAAUUUUUCGUCCGUUUCCAUCCCCAGAAU